CUCAAAGGCGUUAAUAUCCUCCCAAACCUCACUAGUCAUGUCAUCAGACAAGCACACCCUCCUUUUCCACCCCUCCUCGUCUCCUGGCCACCCGUUGGACCUCCCUACCGACAUAACCAGGCACUACAUCCCCACCCCCCUUGGGACCCUCGAGCUGCUCUCCGCCCAGCCCAGCAUCUCAUUCUCUCCUAGGAAAAAAGCUAUCCUCUUCCAACACGGCGGUUUCGGAUACGCCUGCGUUUGGCUCCCCUUCCUGACCUACUUCUCCUCACGCGGCCACCCAUGCUAUGCUCUCUCCCUGAGGGGCCACGGCGCCAGCUGGAAACCUUCAUUCUUCUCACUCGUCUGGCGAUACGGCAAAGAUACCAUGGCCCUCGAUCUCAAAUGUGGCCUCGAAUUCGUCAAGUCUCUAGAGAAGGAACGGAGGGGAGGAGAGAUGGACGAUGAGGAUUUGGUUCUGGUUGGUCAUUCGGCGGGUGGUGGGUUAGUACAGCGGUUUUUGAGUCGGGGGAUGGCGAAAGUUGGAGGAGCUGUGAUUUUAGCGGGUUUUCCGAACUUUGGGGGAUUGGGGGUGUAUUGGAAUUGGUUUAAACUAGAUCCUUGGUUUGCGCCGCGUCUCUAUUUUAGGGAUAUGCGGCAUCCUCGAUCUCCGUUGUCCUCUACCAGUCUUGUUCAUAGGGCGUUCUUUUCACCGGAGUAUCCAGUAGGGGAGGUAAAGAAGUUCGAGGUACUCAUGCCGGAGUAUGAGAGUUUGGUGUGGCCGCUAGGGAUGAUGUUUAGUUUUGUGAAUGUGGGAAAUGUGUUGAAGAGUGUUAUUGGGUGGAGAGAUGGGGGGCAAGCACGGGUCUUGGUUGUUGCCGGGGAGAAGGAUACUUUGAUGGGUGUUGGGUUGAUGCGAAAGAUGGCUGCGGAUUAUCGACAACAGUUCAUCAGCUUUGCCAAAAGUCUCUGGGGUGCCAGAUUCAUGGAGACAUCGGAGACUAAGCCUGAGAGUAGUGAUCAACAAGGGGUCGGCUUUGAGGUUAUUCAAGGUUCGGGCCAUCAUAUCCAGAAUGAUCUGCAUUGGGAAGAGUGUGCUCAGAAAAUUUUGGCAUUUGUUGAUCAACUUUGAUUUUUCCCUCCUAAUCGUCACUAGAUUGCCCUAGAUUUUCAGCUAGUCAUGCGCUGUGAUACUCAACUCAUUCAAUAUACACAAAUUUCCUUUCAACAUCUACUUGUCGGUCGAAGAUGGUUGAACUGUGUUCCUGGGACUCUGUUUCUCAGAUACUCUUCUGGACAUUUCCCC